AUGACACAAGAAAAGGAUGCUCUGAGUAUCGCCGAAGCAUAUAAGCAGAUAACUGAGGCCGAAAAACAGGCUUCUCAGUUGGAGAAAUUGUUGGAUAGUCUUGAAGCCAAAAUGGAUCUGAUUCUACAAGAAGCUGAAAGCAUAACCAAGGUUCCAGAAGAGGAACCAAAAGAAGAAGAAACAGAAGAAGAAUCAAAAGCAGAAGAA